AUGGGUCUUCUGUCAUUAAUUUUGCAUGAAAAUCUACAGCUGGUCUAUCAAUUACUCACUAUACCUUUUGCUUUGCUGUUCUACUGUUUAGCUACACAAGGGUGUCUCACCUUGAUUAACAGGCAUGUCUGUCUGAUGCUGGGAGGAUUCCUGCUUGCUGUUUUAACCAUGGGCCCAUAUUGCAUAUUACUCUUCAUCACGUCCAUCGUUUUUGUGCUGCUGGUGUUCCUUGUGGGACCAGCUCACAUUCACCCUUGGAUUUUUGGACUGCAGAUGUGCUGGCAAACGUUCUGGCACUUCUAUAUUCAGUACCAACAAUACUGGCUCCGAGAUGCUAUGGAUCCCAGGCUUUCUCUGGCUAUGUCUGCUCUAAUGCUUCUCAGCCAAAGAGUCACAUCUGUAUCAAUGGAUCUCCAGGAAGGAAAAGUCGCUGGGCCUUUCAACAGAAGCUUCAGAAACCAAGUCUCUUCCAUCAUUCCUUUCUUGAGCUACGCAUUCUAUUUCCCUGCUCUUCUUGGAGGACCGCUUUGCCCAGUCAACACUUACAUGACCUUCGUGGAGCAGAUAACCAUCACUCCACCACCUUCUCCUCUCACCAUUCUGCCUUCCAAGCUAUUGCAGGUGCUGGCCCUGACAGCUCUCAAAUAUCUUCUCGCAAGCUUUCUACAGUCAAGCCGUUUGAGGUCCAGCAGCCCCGUUGGAUCUCCCGGCAUACCGUGGAUCUGGGUAUUCUCCCUGGUGCUCAGACUCAACUAUUAUGCACACUGGAAAGCGAGCGAAUGUCUCAACAACGCGGCGGGGCUGGGCUUCAGCGGGCGUGGCCCAAGCGGAGGCGCAGUGUGGGACAGGCUUUCCGAUGGGGAUGCAUGGGAGAUCGAGUCGUCAAUCCGCAUAUCGGCGUUUGCCCGCCGCUGGAACGCUACAACGGCUACCUGGUUGCGCAGACUGGUGUUCCACAGGAGCAGUGGGGCUUGGCUGCUCGCCACGUUCGCCUUCUCGGCUCUGUGGCACGGACUGCACCCAGGCCAGGUCAUGGGGUUUCUCGGAUGGGCCAUAGCGGUAUUAGCAGACCACAGGCUACAUGCACAUGUUGGCCCGAGGCUCAGCACGCCUUGGAGGAAGGGUUUAUUCACUUGCUUAAGCUGGGCCUACACUCAGGUCGUCAUUGCUUGGGUCGUUGCCGUCACUGAACUUCGGAGUUUUGAGACAGCCUCAUUGCUGGGUACAACACCCAUUUCUUUGUUUCCACUUGCAAGUGUUGUGAUAUUGAUUAUUCUGUAAUAAGUCAAUUAAGCUUGUGAUAUUCAGUAAUAGAUUCCUUUUAUUUUACAAGCAUAUGACCUAUCUUAAUUAUAUACGUAUGAUUCUAUAUAAUGUUUCCGUGUCAGAUUCUUUUAAGAUAGUGACGCUCCUAUUUCCACUUCCAUUGGAUAUUGAACUAUUUGAGUGAUACUGCCAUCUAGUGGAUAACAAAAAGGUUUAAGUAGUGUUACGAUCUUAUUAUGAUCGUUCGGCCUAGAAAAAGGAAAAAAAUCAUAUAUAUAUAUAUAUAUAUAUAUAUAUAUAUAAUUCUGGGUAACUGCAGUGUACUGUAGUAAGAGAUGACAAGUAAGAGACAACAGGUGUUCAACAAUAUAAAGAUUACAUUUCUUACAAGUAGAAAACUCCUGCAGUGAUGCCUGAGGAGGAAUGGGAGGUGACGACUGAUCUUUUUGUGUUAAUUAUUUUGGUGGCUAUGUUAAUAAAUGUGCAUGUACCACAUCUAGAGCAGUUGCAGGCUAGAGUACCACAGCUAUUAUCUGAAUGGUCAUUUAUCUGACUCUUGAUCAGCAUGGCUAUGACGUUUUUGUCUUAAUACAAUUUUUGUUUUUGUAAAAUUGUAUUACAUUUUUGGCAUUUAUUAUUUUAUUACAAAUUUUAAUUCAGUGUUCUUGGCAUCUUUUAGUAGAUUACAAUGGAAAUUAAACUAUGGACUUUGUAGGGUUUUUUUGACUCUUAAAUGCUUAUAAGUUCUGAAAUAAUGCA